GGACUGGUAACCGGACGAGAGGCCGUGGUUCGCCAUAUGAUUAAGCCGUCUUAUCGGCUUUCCUCUCCACCAGGAUAAAUAAUUAUGUAAAUCCUAUCCUAUCUCUUUCGUUAUAUGAGUUGUUUUGAAGUACCAAUAUAUACCGGUACCGGUAAUAUCAUUCCAAAAACAGUGUGAAAGGUGAUCCAAAAAUGUUAUGAAAUGUGAAUCUGCGAUUUUCUUCUCAUACUCGUCUGUCAUUUUAGCAUAAAAACGGUAUAAUGAAACGCCUAAUUUAGAGAGAGAGCAUUUGAAUGAAUUCUGAAGGUUAAUUUUAGAUGAAAAUGAUGCGAUCCUGCUGCAUUGUUUUUUUGUUCAUAAUCGAAAUUCUAUGUGCCAUUAAACUAUUUUUCUGAAAUUAACUAAAACAUGAUAUAAUUCUAAACAGAAUCUGGAAUAGUAAAUCUUAUAAAGUAUUUGAAUUGGAGGAUUCUGAUUCGAUUACAAAAAACACCAUAUUUGAAGCUUAUUCACGGUCAUCACAUCCUUGAAUGAGUGAUUCAUAUGAAACAGAUCAGAUCGAUGAUAUUAUGCUAAUUGCUGUCUCAAGGAUGGUUUGUGUAAAUAGUUAAUACUAGCGGUGCUUGUUAUGCACCCAAUCGCUUAGCAGCAAGUUAAUGAAUCCAAAGCUUAUAAGAUGGCUGAAUAUUCAACUUCAUAUAAACACAUUCAAGUAGUUUGGUGGUAUUGCAUGGUCCUUAUGAGUGAAUCAGAUUUCCCCUCGUUAUUCUUAUUAACAAUUUCAAUGGGCAGUCAUCUAAUCAUUUGUUAAUAUCUAUGUACUUGCACAAAUCAGGAUUAGAAAUGGCUUUGUAUAAAACGGCAUCAGGCGUCUUGAAGAGCAUCGAAGAAAAGCAAGGAUCUGUCAAAUCUCUCGUUAUUGCAUCCAAAUAUAAGAAUGUUAAGCAGCUAUAUGCACUUGUUGUUGAAACACUCAAAUAUAAAGAUGUACUGAUGGAAAUCAUCAACAAAACCAAGCUUAUGCAAGGAACGCAUAUAUCGAAAUAUGAGGCCUUGGUUCUAUCACAUGACUUUUUAUUUGGACGAGGUGUUCAAUGUGGGGGAAGAUAUAAGAAGAUUAUUCACUCAAGAAAGUCACAGCUAAAUUCUGCAUUGACUAUGAUGAAAGUAAAAAGAAAAGUGAAGUCAAAUGAGGAUUUGUUGCAAAAAGACUUGAAAGACGCUAUCAAUCUUCCAAAAUAUUUAAGAAUCAAUACAUUGCUAACCUCGAAAGAUGACGCUGUUGAAUAUUUCAAGAAGAUUGGUUAUACUCUCGUCGCAUCAAGAUCUCCUCAUCAACUACAGAAAAAUGAAUUUAUGAUUGAUUCUGUUAUUCCAUAUCUGUUGGUUUUUCAUCCGAGAACUGAUUUACAUAAUGAUAGAUUGUAUAAAGGGGGUGAAAUUAUAUUUCAAGAUAAAGCAAGUUGUUUACCCGCUUAUAUAUUAUCACCAACUAAUGGUUCUGUAGUGAUUGAUGCAUGUGCAGCUCCUGGGAAUAAAACAAGUCAUAUGGCUGCAAUUAUGUCCAACAGGGGAAAAAUUUUUGCAUUCGAUUUAAGCCCUCAAAGGUUAAGUACAAUGGACUCUAUGUUGCUUAAAGCAGGAGUUUUAUGCUGCCAAACAAAAGUGCAAGAUUUUUUAAAAGUCAAACAUGAUGAUCCACAAUAUUGCAAAGCAACAGAGAUUCUUCUUGACCCAUCUUGUUCAGGAUCUGGAAUUGUGAAUAGGUUAAAUUCACUAACAAAUGAUGAUGAUUCAAGUUCAGAAUCGCGACUUCAAUCAUUAGCCAAUUUUCAAUCACAAGCUCUGGAUCAUGCUCUUCUAUUUCCAAAGGUCAAUAAAGUUGUAUAUUCUACGUGCUCCAUACACACCAUUGAGAAUGAGAAAGUUGUUAUGAAAGCAUUGGAGAAACAUCCACAUUUUGAAUUAGUACAUAUAUUGCCUGAAUGGCAAAAUCGAGGUUUACCUAUAGAUGGCUUUGAAGUGGAGGCCAAGAAGUGUAUAAGGUGCACUCCGGAACAUGACCAAACAAAUGGAUUUUUUGUUGCCCUAUUCCAAAGGAAAUCAUGAUAAAGUUGUUAACAGCAGGGCUUAAUAAUUUUUUAAAAAAGUGAAAUAAAAGGCAUAAAGCCAUAAAAUUUCUUUUAAA